GGGGUCUGACGGCGGCGGGCAGCGGAGCGAGCCACGCGCCGGUAAAAGCCGCUGCGUCGGAGACCCGCCUGCGUCGGCGGCAGCGGACAUAAGAAGCGCGCGGCCAGGCUUGGCCGGCACCAGGAGCCCGAGGUCCACUCGGAGCGGCGCCACCGUGUCCCGCAACCCUGCUGCGCUUGGCGAGGAGCACGCGGACCAGGAGGAUACGGACCCAGGCGCAUAGACGCGGGCGCACGGGGCUGGGCACAGUAGAACCCGGGUACACGGACAAGAGCGCGCAUUCGGACCCAGGCGCACGAGGACCUCGAAGCACUCGGACCUGGGCGCACUCGAACCAAGGCUCACUAGGACCCGGGCACACGCGGACCCCGGCGCACUGGGACCUGGACACUCAGAACCCGGACGCAUCCGAUCCGGGCGCACGGACCCAGCCGGGACGACGGCGCUGAGUUCCUGAGGGCAGGUGGCGGCGGCGCUUACCCAGGCCCAGAGCCAGGGCAGAGGAGAAAGUUGCGUGACGCGGCCUGGUGGCCCAGGGGUCCUGGGGACCCGCGCACCCUCUGUGCCCCGCGGCCGGGCCAUGCGCGCUCCGGGGCGACCCCUGCUUCUGGGGCUGCUGCUUGUGCUGGGUACAGCGGGGCCAGGUCGGGGACGCAUGCAACCCCGGGGCUCCGUGGACCGACGCGCGCUGUUGCGGCUGCUACUGGCCGAGCUGGCCCAGGAGCUGCGCAAGUCGCACCCGGCCGAGGCCAAGCGGCUGCAGCUGCUUGACCAGCCGGACCUCGCCCUGGGCCGGAGGGAGGCAGCGGACUAUGGGGCGGACCCAGAGGAGCAGAGAGUGGAAAUCGUCCCUCGAGAUCUUAGGAUGAAGGACAAGUUUCUGAAACAUCUCACAGGUCCUCUCUACUUCAGCCCCAAGUGCAGCAAACACUUCCACAGGCUGUACCACAACACCAGGGACUGCACCAUCCCGGCAUACUACAAAAGGUGUGCGAGGCUUCUUACUCGGCUGGCCGUCAGUCCUGCGUGCAUGGAGGGGUGAGCUGUGAGCAGCACCACACCAGGAACCCUGAGAAGUGCCUUGGUCCACUGGGAGACAGGACUCUCUUCACACCCAUUCCCUGAGGACAGAGAUUUAUUUUUGCAGACAGACUCCUCCAAAAUCCCUUUGGAUUUGUAUGUUGUUGAUGGUCAGCAUACCUGACAGUGAUACGUGCCAUCCUUCAUCUUAAAAACUGACAACACUCAUUUGAUGUAGUGCUGUAACAUAAGGGCACUUCAUUUUCCUGAUUAGGCGAAAUCACAAAGUAUUUCUUUAGAAGCACUGGCAAAAUCUUAAAACUAUAUUUUCGUAUAGUAUAUAUGAUUUGAUAUUUUGUAUUACUUUUACAAUUAAACCCCCAGGGUAUUAUGUGGAACUGCAUGGAAAGUUUAAAAAGUUCAGUCAUAUUUUGAAGACAGCAGAGUAUAAAUCAGUGAAUAUACCCACGCAAUCCCAUUUGUCCUUUGUAUAAAUGUAAAAUAGCAUUCCAGCGGUUGUGUAGUAUGUAAAUACUGUAUAUAAGUACAAAUAAUAAAUGAAGUGUUUGUUAUAA